UUAACCUGCGGAUAUCUGGCUGUGAGCAGUUCUUGGCUCAGUAUUGGAUCAGAUCAAGGCAAUGUUCACUUCGUUAGCGUUCAACAAUUCACCACCUCCGGAUACGUCAUUAAUUGGAAUCGAGCCAUCAAUGUUACCCAAUCCCAACGCCCCGGUUCCGUGGUUCAAUUGGCUGAACAUCCGCAGGAUUCCAACAAACUUUUGAUUGGCUACUCCUCGGGUCUUCUUGUGCUCUGGGACCUUCGAGCUAAAGCUGCUGAGGCCAGAUUCAACUAUCAUGAGACGCUCUAUAGUUUCUCCUGGCACUGGGAGGGCAAAGCGUUCAUUUCGGCUCACAGUUCAGGCACAAUCGUUACGUGGGCUCUAAAUCAACCCAAUCGUCCUCAGUCUGUUAUAUGUCCUCACGCUGGCGAAGAAGAGGUGCCCGAUUCCUCCCAGUACUCCUUCGAGCCAAUACGUUGUGUCCAAUGGCUACCCAGCAAAAAUGGAGAGUCAGUGAUUGUAUUCGCUGGUGGAAGCCGAAGAGAUAGUCUGGACGCAGUUAUAGAUGGCGACGAAGGUGAUUCCACCACACCGAGUGUCACAAUAAUGCGCGGCAAGCGACUGGCUGUUAUGCAAAUGGAUUUUCCUGUUGUCACCUUCACCACGCUCUGCACUUCACCGUAUUUCAACGGUCAGUCGUCUUAA